AUAUUUUUUCACCCCCAAGAGGGGGUGAAAGUCACCCCCAGGUCAAAAGCACACAUCGGCACAAUAUCACUUUUUUUCUUUGACAUGUAAGCUAUACUUAUGCCAAAUUUCAUGUCAAUCCAAGCGCUUCUUUAAAAUUUAGAGCAAAAACCGUGAAAGAAUGGACUACACCAGAUUUCAAAAACUUCCAAGUUUGUAAAGGGAUCUGGCCAUUAAAGUCCUUGCUUCCAUUUCGUUCAAGAGAAAAGGACAAACACUUCUUGUAUCUUCUAUCUCAAGUUGAAAUUCAACUUGCGAUCAGUCAGAAAUCUACGAAGCUACAAAAAAUCAUUUCUGGUUUGUUUUACUCUGCACUUUAUUUCAGUUUCAGGCUCCCAACUCUCAUUAGCUCUUUCAGGGGCGACGGUACCCACAGUGUACCACAAAAAAUUUUACCACUUCAGGUAAAAUUUUCUGUAGCAUUUCUGCCCCUGAAAGAGUUAGCAGACAAUCCAAGUAUUUAAACUGCUUGACUUGUUCCAUUUCUUCUCCAGCUACACAUAUCUUUAUAUUUGGACAAUUAUUUCUACCUGUAAUCAUUGUUUUUUUCUUCUUGAUAUUUAUUUUCAAACUCAAAGCUUCACUUGCAAGAAUUAGAUCAUUUAAAAGGCAUUGAAGAUCUUCGUGUCAUCUGCCAACUAUCGCUAUGUCAUCAGCAUGCUUAAUGUUGUUAAUAAAUAUACCUAAGUACCGUUUACUUUAAUACCGUUAUUAGAGUCUGCUACUGCUUCUUCUGCCAAGAGUUUUUCAACGUAUACGUUAAACAACAUUGGAGAAAGUAUACAACCUUGCCUUACUUCCUUUUUUUGAGAAAUAUUCUGUUUCGUUAAAAUUUUGAAGACAUACUGUUGCUACCUGGUUACAAUAAAGAUUGGCGCUAACUCUUAUAUCCUUGGCAUCCAAUUCCAAUUCUUCUAGAUAUUUUAUCAUUAGUUCGUAUUUUAUGUUAUCGAAUACUUUCUCACAAUCGAUGAAACGGAGAAGACAUCCUUUAUUUGAUCUAAACAAUUUUUCAUUACUGUUUGUAUACUAAAGAUCGCCAUAGUAUUUUAUUCUGUUGUAUAUAAUCCUAGUAAAUAACUUGAAGACCAGGGAGGCCAGACUCAAAAGAUGAUACUUCUGAAGGUCUGUGUUGAGACCUUAAGAAUUAUGGUUCCUUUAUUUCAUCCAACUUAAAUUUUUUAUUCCCGGACGGCCUGAAAAGUUUAUAUUAAUUAAAAUGUUUGUUUUGGAAGAGAAUUUUCAGAUGACAGAUGAUGAGAAUGGAGGAUCGAGAAGUACGGUCGUUGUGUAUGCUCGAGGAGACGUUAAUCUUUGGAUACAGGCGCAUGCCACUAGUACGAAUACAAUAAUAAUUACAUCCAUUGAUCCAGAUCUGAAUGAGUGUAUCGCAAAUCAUAUCCAAGAAAGGGAUGUUAAAGUAGAAUGCAAUAACCAUACGUAUACUGAAACAUAUAGGUAUAUGAAUGCAUCAUCCGGAAAAUGUCCAUGUGACUCCAGUGAAAUUCGGAAAAAUAUAACGAGUGCUCCACCCGUACCAACUACUUCGCCAAUUUCAAACUUGCCACCAGCAGCUGACACGGAUUUAACUACAGCUUCAACGGAAACAUCAACGCCAAGUUCUUUUUUGACAACAACAGCUUCAACGAAAACGUCGACGCCAAGUUCUAUUUUCACAACUACAGCUUCAACGGAAACAUCAACGCCAAAUUUAAUUUCCACAAUUAUGCCUAUAGAAGAGCGUUCGGGCCAUUUGGCGCAAAUACUAUUCAUAUAUAAUUUAAUGAAACCUUAUAUGGGCAAAUACAUUCAAACAAUUUGUACUAUAGAAGGCACGGAUAAACCUUAUUUUUCAGUUCAAACGGCUCUUUACAAACCAUUUAUACUACAACAUAUUUUCCAAUAUUAUUUCGAUAAUUACAUAUCUCCUGAGCUGCAAAUAUUUAACCCUAUAGAUUCAACAUUUAGUAUCCCAACACCGGUUUUAAAUGCAUUAUACCAAAUUUUAAGUCGUUACCCGAACAUUUUAUGGCAACUUCUUAAUUUGUGGAAACCAGGCAUGCCAACUCCUCCGAUCUUAGAUUGGUUGUGGAAGACUUAUCUUUUGCAUAACUUACGUUGGAAUAUGUUUAACCCAUUUUUACCCUUAGGUCUGUUAAAAUGGACUAAGUUUGCUCCCUUUUAUUAUAAUCCUUUACGGAAUCUAAUUUACAAUGUAUAUCAGAAGUAUAAUAUAUACAGCCGUCAAAUUUCUUUCCCUAAGUUUCAUAACAACAUACCACUCGAAUGGAAUAUUUGGAAUUCACUGUAUCCAGGCCUUUUAAAUGACUAUAUUAAAAAUCAUGCUUCCAAGAUAUACGAAUUAUACAAGUUAUCUGAUAAUUUGACGAUAAAGCCCCCGAACUACAUAAGAAAAUAUUUAGUACCAAUUGAAAUAAUGAGAUUGUACCAAACAAUGCCUCGAUAUUACACCAAUUUGAUUAACUUAAUUGUCAUGAAAUAUUACAACUUCAUCGAUUAUUUUAAAUUUAUAGCUUACCAAUAUGGAAAUAGAUAUUGGCAGCAAAAUUGUGUCUAUCCAAACAAAGAGAUGUGUUCGAUGCGGCCCGAUAUAAUGCAAUUACCUCAAAUUGUGUACGACCCAACCCAAACAUACGAAAUGUUUAUACCUUUGCUACGUAAAGUGGCCAACAUUUAUCCUUCUUUGUCUAUAUUAAUAAGUCAAAUGCAAAUGUCUUCUAUCGCUUAUAAUAGCCAGAUGAAUAUACAUCUUUAUGGGAACAUGUUUGGAAAAUUUAACCAAAACAUGUAUCGAUAUCUGUAUCCUAUAAAUGUCACAUAUUCGCUUCAAUAUCCAAAUGUCGUAAUUUCACAAUUAUUUGGUCCCUCGACUGGAUACAACAUAUACUCAAAUUAUUUAGAACAGUUGGUCAAUUCUAUGUACAGUAGUUAUUCAAAAGGUUACGAUCAGAUAUUUAAAGAUCUUUUAUAUGUUCCGCCUCCUGACAAACAAAAAAAUAAAAUAAUUUAUACAAAUCCAAAUUUAUUUAAUUAUUUGUUAUCAUCAAUGUUAAGUUCGUAUCAUAUGUAUUACAGUUUUAUUAAUAUGUACAUGUAUUAUCCAAAUAAUAAACAAAUAAUAAUAAAUGUUUGAACCAAAAGGUGUCUUAUAAACUUACAACAUAAAAACGAUGUGAUUAGCAUCAGUGUUGAUACCUUUCAUUACCACCACAGCUUAUUGCCUAGCCAUGCUAGGUCAUGUUACACCUAAUGAUACAUUGUUUUGUGUAGGGUCGUGUGUUCAACAAUAAACCAUUCAAAAGGACCCCGCCACACUCCUUAUAGAAAAGUGGCCCCGGUCAAAUUUAACGAAAAUUCGGCCAAGGAUAGUUCUUAGUGCGUAAAUUAAAAAAGUUAAUAUGGGACAUGCGUCUGAAAAACUAGCUAUUAUUCAGAAGCUAAAGUCUUCUAAAGUUAUUGGAUUCAGAUGCUCGGUUUACGUUAAGAGCAUGGGCGCAAAAUUCGCUUGCAAUGCUGUUCAAAUGCAUUCAUUUUUUUUUCGAAUCCUGAAAAAACUAAUAAAUAUUUUUUAAAAAUUUAAACGUGGAUUCAAAUAUGACAUUGAGGACCGAAAGUCCCUCAGAAUAAACAAAAGGUUUCUUUUGAAUCAGAUAUUUAAAAUUAAAAAUUACACUCAAUUUUCUCUUUUUUUCACCCCUGUAACUUAUUCAAAUAAACAUUACUGAGGUUUUCAGGGACUUUCGGCCCUCGGUAAUAAAGUAAUCUUUUAUUCUGCGUUUAAAUUUUUCAAAAAUAUUAAUUAGUUUUCUCAGGAUUCGAAAAAAAUAAUAAAUGCAUUUAGAAAGCAUUGCAAGCAAAUUUUGCGCCUACCCACUUAAGUGUACUAAUUCACGGUCAAGUGAACGAAAAUAUUUAUUAUUGAAAUAAGACUCAUUUUUUUCAUGCAUAUGAAUUUGUGGUCAACAAUAGAUUCAUCGUAUUUUAGUCUAACAGAAAACCUCCAAAUAUUCCUCAGAAAAGUGAAGAAGUGUGAUAGAAAAUGUGCUGCUAGAGUAACAUAAGAAUUAUGUUUUCAUGAAUGCUUCACACUCAUCCAAUACCAGCAUAGCUGCAGUUCCGCCUUAUCUUUAGAAAACUACUGAACAGUGGCGGAUCUACGGGGAAAUAGAGGAAUAUCCUCCGUAACACGGUCCAGAAUUAAAGAAGAUUGUUGAAACAUAAAAAAUACAUUAGCUGACAAACCACAGACAGACACACAAAUUCAACCAUUUAACUCGACAGUUAGGAAAAUUAAGGGAACUUAUUGCAUAUAAGUUGUUAUCUACGUCUUUUGUGUAGUUUGGGUUUAUCUUUUUUAUGUCUUUUGGUUGGUGUUUCAUUGGAAGUCCCCACCCCAAGGAAAAUGUCUAGAUCCACCAUUGCUAAUGAAACGUCUUCAGAAAACUGAGGAACAACCAUAACAAGUGCUGCUAGAGCUGCACACGACUUCCCACGUUUUUACGCAUUCAGAAUAUAAACCUGAUCUCAGCAACAACACCAUCUCACUUUCAAAAAACGCUGAAUCAUAAUUUAAAAAAAAUAAGAACCGCGGCUCUAACACAAAUAUCCUAAUUAGACCGGGCGGUAUCGUCGCCCCCGCUAGCGAAAUUAUUCCGAUUCGAUUUUUUUGCACAAACUUACUCAAAAAGAGGUCCUUAUAACAUAUCCACAGGGUCCCGGGCGGUGCCGUGGUCGAAAAAUUGUUUAAACAAUUUUUUAAAACAAAUUCACAAAAAUAAUUUUUAAUUCGAACAAAUUUUUUUUAGAUAAAUUGGCUUAUUCUGAGCAAAAAAGGUCUCUUGUCAUUUUUUUCUAAAAUUGAUUGUUGUCGAGUUACAUGCGAUUAAAAAUUUGAAAAAUGCGAAAAUGGCCAUUUUCAAGGCUUAAUAACUCGAUUAAACAUUAUUAUUAUGAAAUUCAAAAAGUCACCAAAUCAAGUUUCAAAUCCCUUCUUCAAGGUCCUGAAGAGAUUUUUGUCAUUAUUUUAUUAGAAAGCUGUUAUUUUUAAUUAUUAACAAUUAGCGCUAUAGUCCAGGAUGCAUCGUCGCCCAUGUUAGUGAAAUUAUUCAAAUUCCAUUUUUUUUUGCAGAAACUUACUCAAAACGAGGUCCUUAUAACAUAUCCACAGGGUGCCGGGCGGUGCCGUGGUCGAAAAAUUGUUUAAACAAUUUUUUUUAAACAAAUUCACAAAAAUAUUGUUUUUAUUGCGGACGAUUUUUUUUAGAUAAUUUGGGUUAUUCUGAGCAAAAAAGGUCUCUUGUAAUUUUUCUCUAAAAUUGAUUGUUGUCGAGUUAUAUGGCCAUUUUCGGAUUUUUCAAAUUAUAAAUCGCGUAUAAUUCGACAACAAUCAAUUUUAGAAAAAAUCACAAGAGCUGAAGCAGCAAGAAGUGAAAAAAUUAUUUUUGUGAAUUUGUUUAAAAAAAUUGUUUAAACAAUUUUUCGACCACGUCACCGUCCGGCACCCUGUGGAUAUGUUAUAAGGACCUCGUUUUGAGUAAGUUUCUGGAAAAAAAUGGAAUCGGAAUAAUUUCACUAACGGGGGCGACGAUAAAUCCUGGACUAUAGCGCUAAUUGUUAAUAAUUAAAAAUAACAGCUUUCUAAUAAAAUAAUGACACAAAUCUCUUCAGCACCUUGAAGAAGGGAUUUGAAACUUGAUUUGGUGACUUUUUGAAUUUCAUAAUAAUAAUGUUUAAUCGAGUUAUUAAGCCUUGAAAAUGGCGAUUUUCGCAUGUUUCAAAUUUUUAAUCGCAUAUAACUCGGCAACAAUCAAUUUUAGAAAAAAAUGACAAGAGACCUUUUUUGCUCAGAAUAAGCCAAUUUAUCUAAAAAAAAAUUGUUCGAAAUGAAAAAAUUAUUUUUGUGAAUUUGUUUAAAAAAAAUUGUUUAAACAAUUUUUCGACCGCGGCACCGCCCGGCACCCUGUGGAUAUGUUAUAAGGACCUCUUUUUGAGUAAGUUUGUGCAAAAACAUCGAAUCGGAAUAAUUUCGCUAGCGGGGGUGACGAUACUGCCCGGUCUAAAUAGGUCGUUAGUUAAUACGGCAUAUGAUGCAUCUAACCGAAAUCAGCAAAAUCUUAACAUACAGAUAGUCUAAGAUUACUCAAACCCGAGUUUUCCAUAAACGAUUGUAUUUCGCUUUUACUGACUACCAUGUACCUCUGUACUUGUUUUUUUUUUUCGUAUUAAGGUCAAGUCCAUGAUAUCUACUUGAUAUGCGGGACAUUAUUUUUGCACACCAUUUGUUAUUUGCAAAAACUACUUCGUCGGCAUAUGUAAUGUUUGUUACACGCACGCACUCUAUUCUGCAUCCGUCAAAAAGUGAGAUAUCUUGUGGCACUUGUUGUGGUUGUUCCUCAGUUGUUUGAUGGCGCUUCAGUAGCAGUGGCGGGGAAGAUUUGUCUUGGAGGGGGGAUGGAUAAACCCAAACUAUAUAUAUUUGUCAAACUUGUUCCUACCAAGUAUUAGUGAUGUUGAUUAGUUACUUUCGAGUAUUCCUUACAAAUUGUUACUUUUGUAUAAAGUAAUCAUUUACAGUAUUCGUUACUUUGAUUACUUUUGUAUUUGAGGACCGGUAAUCAUAUCGACAAUCGCACUUCUCAGUACAUAUUUUGUAUUAGUAGGAUACUUUGAUUACUAUGAUUACUCUUGUAUUUGAGUACCGGUAAUCAUAUGAAGAAUCGCAUUUCUCAGUAGGUAUUUCGCAUAAGUAUAAGAUCCGAUAUAACAACGACCUUCACCGAUCUAUUUAAUGGAUAGAAAUUAAAUGAUAUGUAAUUGUUCUGUCAUUGCUGCUCCACAAUAUCAGUAAUCUGUUUGCAUCACUUAAGUGCGAAAAACAAACCGUCGAAACUCUAGAUGACGUACAUUAGCAGUAACCCUGGGCACCCAGGUGCUUCGGAGGUUGGUUCUGAUUGCAUAUUCGUGUUCAGUGACCCCAAAUACCCCGAAAAAAAGACAAUCUGGCCUUUAAUAUACUGAUUUUAACAUGUUUAUUCAUUUUGCGAUGCAUUUUAUACUCUUUAAAAUGUAAUAAUGCAUUUCCACCUAUUAAUUUUUCUAUUGUAUACUUUUCUCCAGACGUCAUCGUAAUCCUAAAUACAAUGCAAAAAGUUGCAAGUCUCUAUGUACCUACUGGUCUAAUAAAAACAAUGCCAUACCUACAUGUAAAAUUAAAGUUGAUGAUCAUAGUCUAAAAAUAUUAUCAUUUCUACAUAUUUUCCGGUCAAUCUAAGCUAUUUUUUUUCUAGGCCUGAUAAGAAUAGUGUGUAUUUGCUAUUAAAAUCUAAUGUGUUGCAUUGUUAUUUUCAAAGGAACUAACAUCUGUAAAAUUCUGUGAAUUAUCUACCUCGACAAAUCGUAUAGACAACUGUUUCUGGGUGCAAGCUUUGUUAAAUGAUAUACCUCCCUCUGUUUCAACUACUUCUCAGCGCCCUGUAAUCCUGUUAAACUCUUCAUAGCCUCCGCCCUUCAUAGAUAAACUUUUACUUAACUGUACUGAUACCGAACACUCGUGGAAUACCGGUCCGACUCCGAUAUCAACCGAUUGUAGAUACAAUACUCAAAAUAGGUACUCGCUCUGAUACCAUUGGUACGAAGUAAUCAGAGUAAUCAAAGUAACGAUUUACCUCUGUGUAUAGUAAUCGUUACUUUCGGUAUUCGUAAGUAACAAGUACUUUGUAACGAAUAGUUACUUUUUCAACAUCACUACUAAGUAUGACUAACUAUAACUAAUAAUAAUUUAUAUACAAUUAGUUCCCUUAAUUUUCCUAAAUGGCGUGUUUAUUGGGUUGAAUUUCUGUGUAUGUAAUUUAAGUUUCAUGUUAACUAAUGUAGUUUUUAUUCUUCAACAAUAUUUUCGUUAAUUCUAGCCGUGUUACGGGAGAAUUCCCCUAUUCCCCUCGUAGAUCCCAGUGUUCAGUAGUUUUCUAAAGAUAAGGCGGAACUGCAGCUAUGUUGGUAUUGGAUAAGUAUGAAGCAUUCAUGAAAACAUGAUAUGUCGCUCUAGCAGCACAUGUUCUACCGCACUUCUUCAGUUUUGUGAGAUUUUUCGAAGAUUUUCUGAGGACUAAAAUAUGAUGCAUCUAUUUUUGACCACGAAUUAAUAUGAAAAAUGCAAAUAUGCAUGAAGAAAAUGAUUCUCUCUUCUUUCAAUAGUAGAUAUUUUCGUUCACUUGAUCGUGAAUUAGUGCACUUGACAUAAACUGAACACCUGUGUCAAAUAGCUUCACAGUAAUAGUUUUUCAGACCUAGGUCCAGUGGACUUCUUAAUCUACGCACUGAGAACUAUCAUUGACCAAACUUUCGUUAAAUUUGACCGGGGCCACUUUUCCAUAAGUAGUGUUGCAGGGUCCUUUAAAAUUGCCUAUGAUCAGUCCUCUUUUAACCUAGAAACAAGAAAUUGUACGAGUAUCAGAAACACAUAUUUGUAAUAUAUUAAGUACACAUAAUUUGGUUAUCAAUAAAGAUUAAUGUUUUUGAGUUAA